AUGUGGGAAGAAUGGGAUGACGAAUGUUUUGUAAGAAAUUUUUUUAAUUGGAAUAUAUUUACUAAAUAUUUUAAAGAUAAUGAAUUUCAAGAGCUAGAAGAGAAAAUAAAAGAGAAAUAUAGUAAUAUAAAACUUGAUGAAUUACAUAAAAAAGAUGAUAAUGAAAAUAAUGAUAAUGUUUUGUUAAUAUUACAUUCAUUUAUUGAAGAAAAGAAGUAUGUAGAUGCUUCUGAUUUUUUAAUUAAUAUUAUAUUAAGAUGGAAUUAUUAUACUAGUUUAAGAAGUGAAAAAGAAUUAAAUCUUAAAGCAGUAAAGAAUAGAUUAAAAAUGAAUGUAGAUAUUUGUACUCUACCAGAUCUUUAUAAUAAUUUUGAAGAAUAUUUUUAUUCAUACUUUCCUUUAUUUUUAAUUGAAACACAACAACUAAUAAAUAAUAAAAAAGAAAAUGAAGAUAUUAUAGAAUAUGAUGUUAAUAUUAUUAAUGAUAUUAAAGAAACAUAUAACUAUGAAUUUUUUGUUAAUAUAUCUUAUGAUAGUAUAAUACAUGCAAACAUAUUUUUUGGUGACCUUGUUCUACUAAAAUUCAUACCAAAAAAAACAGCCAAAAAUGAUACUCAAAAAAAAUACACACCAUUAUUUGAUUCUUCAAAAAAAAAAUCAGACGUAUCAUCAAAUUAUUCGUGUAGUAAUCAAAACGACAAAAUAUCGACCGACUCUUCGUCUGUGUGUACAGAUCCUGAGGAUCAAAAAAAUGAUCGUACAUGUGGUGUUACAAAUGGUGAUACAUGUGGUGUUACAAAUGGUGAUACAUGUGGUGUUACAGAUGGUGAUACAUGUGGUGUUACAAAUGGUGAUACAUGUGGUGUUACAAAUGGUGUUACAUGUGGUGUUACAAAUGGUGUUACAUGUGGUGUUACAAAUGGUGAUACAUGUGGUGUUACAAAUGGUGAUACAUGUGGUGUUACAAAUGAUCAUACAAAUGUUCACACAAAUGAUCGUACAAAUGAUCAUACAAAUGAUCAUACAAAUGUUCAUCCAAAUCGCGCAACACAUUCUGAUAACAAUAAUAAUGCCAACAUUAAUAAUAAAAAGAACUCUCCUCUUUUGUUAUCACGUGACAAAAUAGACGAAGUAACUCAAUUUAAUUAUGAUAAGAAGGAAGAUUUAAACGAUAGGUUAAAAAAUGGAAAAGAAUUAAUUGAUUGUAAAAAUGGUGUAGAAAAAAAUCGUAAAGAAAUAAGUGACGAAAAUAAUGAUGAUAUAUAUAUGGUUAGAAAAUAUUGUGUACGUCAUUUAUUAGGUUAUGUAGUAGCGAAAAGUCGAGAAAAUAUUAAAAUAAAAUUUAAUUUAAGUUAUCCAAACUUUGAUAUUAUUGACAAAGUUAGAAAAGAAAUAAUAUAUGAAAUAUUUAAUAAUGAAACUAUAAUGCAUAAUUAUUUUAUUCGUAUAUCAAAGUUGACCAGUUUAAUUUCGACAAUUCGUUUGUUUAACUGUUUAUUUAAUUUUAGAAACUCAUGUAUAUUGAAUGAAAUUGUAGAGGUUAAUACAAAUCAUGAUGAGGAAGUCAACAUGCAUGAUGUAGUUAUACAAAAUGAGAAACCUGUGAAGAAACGUAAGAGGGGUGAAGACCCUCAUGAUAACUCUGAUAAAGAGGAAUUAAUGAAAGGGUGCAAAGAUAAUAAUAUAGAGAAAGAAAAGGACGACGAAAAAAAUUUACAAGAUAAUGAAAUAAGACAAAAUAGAAAUAUACAUAUGAAUGAUAUAAAUUUAGUAAAUAUAAAUCAAGAAGAAUUACAUAAUAUUCAAUUAAGUGACAAUAUAACUGAAGAAUAUUUAAUAGAAAAAAUUAAAAAUUAUUUAAAAAGUUAUAUGUGUGAUGAUUUUAAAAAUAAAGACAUAAUGAACAAAAUGUCGAAUGAAAGAAAUAUUACAAGAGCAUUAAAGAAUAUAUGUAAUUAUGACGAACAUAACUAUAUUGAUAACAAAAAAAAAAAAAAUGUAUUAUCUAUUCAUAAUAACAAUAAUAAAAAUGAAGUGAUGCGGCAAAAUGAUUAUAUGCUUGAACCUUUAGAUGAAUAUUAUAAAGGUCUGGAAUAUAUUCCAGAAUUAUUAAGAAACCGUUUUUUUAGUAUGUAUAAUAAAUACCAAUUACGUGCCAUUAAUAAUAGUAUAUUGAAUGAUGGUAUAACUUUAAUUCAAGGACCACCAGGUACAGGAAAGACGACGACGAUUUUAGGAAUUAUAAGUGCACUAAUAUUUUAUGAGAAAGAUCAAAAUGUUGAAGCUGAUAUUAUACAAAAGGACAAGAGUUUGGAAACAAGAAAAUCUAUGAUAGAUGAGCAUCCGUAUGUACCUUUUAAUGUGUCUAUAAAAGAAGAGAAAAAAAGUCCUUAUGUAUGGUUAAAUUAUGAUAAGAAUGAUGAUUACUGUUAUAUGAAUGACAAUUGUUUCGAUGCUAUGGAAUAUGAAGACUUUCAUCAUAUUGAAGAGAAUCAAAAAGAAGAAGGGAAAAAUAUUUUUCAUAUAAAUAAAAGUAAUUUAAAUGAAAAGAAUGAUGCGUAUGCUAUACAUUUAAGUAUUAUGAAUGCAUCAAAUAGAACAUUAAAGGUUGAUGAAAGUGUAGAUGUAAAUCAUACAAAUGAUGAAAAUAAUGAUGUGUAUAAGAAUAACGAAAAUAGAAUAAAAAAUUUGAUAUCCUUAACGGAGUCUUAUUAUUAUUCAUAUGUAAAUAAUGAUAAUAUGUUGAAAACCAAUUUGGGUUGUAUAGGAGAAAAUAAGAAUGAAAAAAGUAAUUAUUCGUAUUAUGUCAGUGAAAGUAAAGAAAUUAUUAAAAAUGAUGGUGAUGGUGAUUGUGAUUGUGAUGGUGAUGAUGGUGAUGGUGAUGAUGGUGAUGGUGAUGAUGAUGGUGAUGAUGGUGAUGAUGAUGAUGAUGGUUAUGAUGAUGAUGGUGAUCAUCAUGAUGAUAAUGGUGAUGAUAAUUAUAAUAAUGAUGAAGAACCAAAUUAUCAUAUUUAUGAACAAAAUAAUGACAAUUUGAAUUUUAAAUUUCAUGGAUUAAAAUUAGAAGACAAGGAAGAAAAAGACAAAGGUUACAAUAAUGAUAAAUCAUCAUACAAUAUUUAUAAUAAUAAUUAUGAAAUAGAAAGGAAAGAAAAAAAUAUGUCAAAAAAUAUGUCAAAAAAUAUGUCAAAAAAUGUAUCAAAAAAUAUGCCAAAAAAUAUGUCAAAAAAUAUGCCAAAAAAUAUGUCAAAAAAUGUAUCAAAAAACAUGCCAAAAAAUAUGUCAAAAAAUGUAUCAAAAAAUAUGCCAAAAAAUAUGUCAAAAAAUGUAUCAAAAAAUAUGUCAAAAAAUCUAACGAAAAAACAAAAAAAAAGUAAUCGAUUAAAUCUUAUAAAAAAUAAAAAAAUUUUGGUAUGUGCUCCAUCGAAUGCAGCUAUCGAUGAGAUAUUAAGAAGGUUAGUAUCAAGUGAUUUAGGUAUAUUAGAUGAAAAUGGCAAUUUAUUUAAUCCUAUAGUUACUAGAAUAGGAGGUAAUGUUAGUACAGAUCUUUUAGAAUUUAGUUUAGAAUUCAAAGAACAAUUAUAUUUUUAUUUAAAUAAGAAAGAUGAAAAUAAGAUGAUAAAAAGUAAUCUUUUAAAAACGUCAACUAUAAUAUGUUCUACUUUAUCAUCAAGUUCCAAUACAUCAUUAAUUAAUAAUAUAAAAAAAUUUGAUGCUAUAAUUAUAGAUGAAUCAUCUCAAUCAGUCGAAAUAGAUAUAUUGAUUCCAUUAUCUUUUGCAUGCAACAAAAUUAUUUUAGUAGGGGAUCCAAAACAAUUAUCAGCAACAGUAUUUUCUUUAUAUGCUAAGAAACAUAAAUAUGCAAGAUCAUUAUUUGAAAGACUACAAAAAAAAUAUUUAACAAAUGAAAGAAAAUACAAUAUGUUAUCUAUUCAGUAUAGGAUGCAUCCAGAAAUCUCUGAAUUUCCUAAAAAGUGUUAUUAUAAAAAUAAAAUUAGGGAUGCUCCUCAUUUUUUGUUUACAGUACUAAAGGAGUUGGAGAUAAGUAAGUACAUAAAAAGAAAAAAAAAUACAAAAAGUAUAACAAAUAUAACAAAUAUGACAAAUAUAACUAAUAUGACAAAUAUAACAAAUAUAACAAAUAUAACAAAUAUGACAAAUAUAACUAAUAUGACAAAUAUAACUAAUAUGACAAAUAUAACAAAUAUGACAAAUAUAUCAAAUAUAAUAAGGGAUGACGAAAAUCAAUUUAAUGAUGAGGUACAAAAUAAGUAUCUAGAACACCUUUUAUGUAAUUUUAAUUUAGUUGAAUUUAUAAAAAAACAUAUGGGAAUAACUUCCACCUCUUUAAAUAAGAUUAUGUUAUGCCAGGAGAACCAGGGUUUACUUGAUUGGUUCUGUAUUCCCUUAUUACAACAUAGUGUAUUUUAUGAUAUAUCAUUUUCAAAACAAAAAAAAAUAAAAAAUUCUUAUAUUAACGUUGAAGAGAGUGAAGUGGUUAUACAUUUUAUAGAAUUUUUACAUUAUAUAUUUAUGUCCGAAAAUAUGACACAGUGGUAUAAACGUAUAGGUAUAAUAACACCUUAUGCAACAGAGAAAUUUUUUUUAAAGAAGAUAUUAAAGCGCUUUUUUAUAAGCAAGGGUUAUAGUAAGAAUAUAUCGAAUUUUAUUGACGUGGGAACAGUGGAUGGGUUCCAAGGGACUGAAAAGGACAUUAUUAUAUUUGUGUGUGUAAGAACAAAAGGGAAUCUCAAACGAAAAAAGAAAAAAGAAAAGAAUAAUAAAAAUAUUACCAAAAAUGUAAAUGAAGAUAUUACAAAACAUUUGGAAGAAAAAAAUAUUUUAGAAAAAGAUAAUCAAAAUAAUGAGGUCAUUACAAAUACAAAUGACGAAUUAAUUUUGUUAUCAUCUUCUUCCGAAAAUAGUAUUGAUGAAGAAAUUGAUUCUUCGAAUUUAUUUUUUUCAAAUUAUAAAAGAUUAAAUGUAGCAUUGACCCGAGCUCGUUUCAAUUUAUUUAUUUUCGGCAAUUGUAAAUUUUUGAAACAUUGUGAUGAGUGGGAUAAAAUUAUUGAACAUUACAAAACGAAGAAUAAAAUAAUAAAAAUAAAGCGUAAAAAGUUUUAUAAAAAGAUAAAUAAUAAUAUAUUGAAUCAUAUGAAUGAAGAAGAGUUAUUUGAUAAUAAUGUUGAAGUAAUUAAUAAAAAAAUAGAAAAUUCAUUUUAUAAUAAAAAUAUUAUUGAUUAUAAUUUUGAGCCUAUUUAUGAAAAGAACAAUUCCUCAUUUGAUUUCUCAAAGUAUAUGGAUAUGUCCGGAGAGGAAUUAUAUGAAAUUCAAAAAAGUAAAAUAAAUAACAAGGAUAAUAAAGAUGGGGAAAAUAAUAUGAUUGAUCACAAAAUUGAAGAUAACAAUAUGGAUAUUAUAAAUUUCUUUAAAGAAUUGUAUAUGGACGAUAUUAUAAGUGAAUCCUUGAUGGAAUAUGAUAAGAACAAGGAUACAUAUGAUAUGGGUAUUAAUUUGGGCCAACAAGUAAAUAAUAAUAAUUUAUUUCAAGAUCAUCUUAAUGUGUUAAAUGAAAUGAAAGACAAGAAUAUAAAUGAAGAUAAUAUUGGUAGUACUGAAAAAGAAAAUGUUCUUAUAGAAAAGAUAAAUAAUAAUGAAAAUAAUAAAUAUGAUGAAGAAAACAAUAAAGGUAUAUCUUUAAAUAAUGAACAUUUUGAAAAUGAUACAAAUGAUGUAUUAAAUAUUAAUGAUAUGAACAAGAAAAAACAAAAAAAAGAAGACAAUGAAGAAUCAUAUGAAAAAGCAAAAAUAAAUUCAUUAUCCAAUAAGAAUAACAAUAUAUAUUAUUUAAAGGAUAAUAAUUAUUUUAUAGACACUUUGUUUAAUUAUUGUAAAUCAAAUAAAAAUUUACAUUUUGCAGUUCAGACAAUUUUGCCAAAUUUUUCUAAAAGGUUUUUAUCGAACUCUUUGGAUUAG